UUCCCAGCCAUUGACACUUGCAAAAACAAUCCCAAUCUCCCUCACAUCCAAUUCAUUUCGCAGAGAGAGAGACAGAGCGAGAGAGAGAUCACAUUCGCAUGGAUUGGCUUCAACCAAGGAGGAGGAGAGGCCCGGAGUGGAAGCAGGGAUGGACCAACCAGACCUUGGCCUCGAUGUCCGCCCCGCCGCUCCACCUGCUCUUCAUCUUCUUCAUCGCCGUCUCCCUGCUCUGGUUCUCCGGCCGCGCCAAGUACGAGGCCCAGCUCCGCCACUCCACGCUCAACCUCCAGCUCCUCCUCUUCCUCCUGCCCCUCCUCGCCUUCCUCUUUGCGUCCCUCUAUUCCGGGGCUUCACGGCUCAACUACCUCCUCUCCUGGCGGCAGCCGCGGCAUCCCAUGCAGCCCCACCUCCCAGGCGGCGGGGUCGGCGGAGGGGGCGAUGGCGGUGGGGGAAUGGGCGUGCCCUGGGGCGUUGCCAUCUUUGUGGUGCUGCUCCUGGUGAUGGUGUCGUACCACCAGUCGUUUCAGUCCAUGUGGUUCGGGCCCCUGCGUAGGUCCGACUGAGCGGGGGUUAAUAUCUGGAGUCCAGAUUGCGAGGGAAAGCGGACGAGCGGGGAAGUUGAUUUUAUAGGCAGCCAGGGCAUGUAUGCAAAUAUAGAGCUUGUUGGUUUUUUUUUUCCUGUUAAGUCCUUAUUGCUUGAGGUUUCUGAAAAUUAGAUCUAUGGACUUGUACAAAAUUUUCAAA